GGACACUUGCACGCAGUGGCUGGGAUCACUCAACGCGAUGGCGGUGGCACAAAAGAUUAGCUGUGCUGGGUUGGCCCCGCUCCUGCCUAGGGCGCCUCUGAGCGUUGUCACCGGGCGAGGACAUCAGCCCUUCUCUGCUCUCAACCAGCCUCGCCCAAGUUCUCUGGCGGAGUUCAAGGUGGACUUCCACUCCCCAGUGGGCAGAGGUGCGUGCUCCCUGGUCUUCGCCGGGAAGCAUGUGAGCACCAACUUUGACGUGGCCAUCAAGGCGAUGAGUGUGGCACUUCCAGUGGAGACCGGUGCGAUACCGGUAGCCGAAGGCAUCGAGAACGAAAACAAGAUCUUUAACCAUCUCCUGAGCCGAGGCUCUCACCCGAACGUGGUAGAGCUGAUCGGCUGCUUCGGUGGCACGGGCCUGGAGGCCGCAAGCCUGGGCCUCGAGGCCUUCAAGGAGGAGCCGGUGCACUACUUUGUCACCGAGUUGCUGGAAGGCGGGUCCUUAGAGGAUCGCAUCCAGCACGCGCCGCUGGAGGAGGAGGCCGCGCGCCGCGUCGCCAGGAGCAUCUGCGAGGGCCUGGUCAGCUUGCAUGACCAAGGUAUCGCGCACCGUGACCUGAAGCCCGGCAACGUGCUCUUCGGAGCGGAGGGCGAGGCGACCCCCAAGCUCAUCGACUUCUCGCACGCUGGAAUGAUGCGGGGCCAGGAGCGCCUCGCCGGGGAGCUGGGCACGCGCGGCUUCGUGGCGCCCGAGGUGCUGGCGGCUCAGUCCUAUGACCUCAAGUGCGACGUCUUCUCCUUGGGCUGCCUGGUGCACGCCCUGCUGAGUGGCCGCCCACCACGCAGGCACAUGCGCAUUGGCAUGAUGCAGCAACUGCCGGAAGGCACCUCCCAAGAGGCGCGGCACUUCCUGUCGGCGCUGCUGAACAUGGACGCCAAACGGCCCAGCUCCCGGGAGGUCCUGCAAGAGCCCUGGUUGCAGGAGUGACUUUAACAACCGGCAGCUGGCCAGGCUGACAUCUGAGAGGCGCCUCUGUGUCGGAGGGGGCUAGACAGAGUUUGCCGGAUGGUGCAAGGGUGCCCAGGAAGCUCCCUUGACCGUCCCCGCUUGUGUAACGAAUUUGCAGAUGAGCCGUGCUCCAACAAAGCCUUGUCA